AUGCAUCCCUCAGUCUUGUCAGAGUGCGGCUGCUCUGAGACGUCAGCCCCCUCCACACAAAGCCCAGUCUGUGAGUCUCAGGCUCCAGGGGCCGGGCCGGGGCCGGACUGGGGGCCGGACUGGGGGCCGGACAGGUUGGAGACCCCUGAUGUAAACCCACACUCACCUCCAACACUCUUUCUCUCUCAAAUGCACACUAUUUCGAGCACUCUGGUUCGUCUGAAGAAUGUGUCCAUGAAUGCUGCCACGGACGCCCUGAGGCAGCGAGCACAAGGUCACACCUGCCCGUCACGCCCCUCCCUCCCUCCCUGUGAAAACGCCAUCUACCUGACGCAUCGUAAAAGUGCUGCACAGAUUAGACAAUGCUGUUAUCUGGCCUCAGCGAUGACGUCAUGCUCUCCAGGACACACAUGGGAUCAUUAUGGGAUGGCUGAGGGCUGUUUGGGAUGUCCACACGCAGCACGCAGCGUUGGCGGUAAACAUUGA